AUGUCAACCGUGGUUGAUCAACUAGUCGACAUGGGCUUCGAGCGAGCUCGUGCUGAAUAUGCUUUCGCUCAGACAGGAAAUGGAGGUUUAGAACAGGUUAUGGAUUGGUUGAUUAGUCAUGAAGGGGAAGAAAUCCCGGCCACACCGCCAGAAGAUGCCAAACCUGGUGCGACGGAUGAUAAACCGAAAGAGGCUGAGCUCACCGAAUCUACUCCUGGCAGUUAUAAAUGCAACGAUUGUAAUAAGCUUUUUCGUGAUGAGAAUGGCAUGAUGUUUCACGCAGCCAAAUCUGGCCACGAAAAUUUUUCGGAGAGCACGGAGGUCAUAGCUGCAUUGACACCGGAACAGCGUGCACAAAAAGCAGCUGAGUUGAGAGAUAAAAUACGAGCCGCCCGUGCUCUGAAGGAGGAGCAAGCCAGGAAGGAAGAGAUAGAGAAAGAACGUCGUCGUCGUGAAGAGGGCAAAAAGAUGUUGGAGACCAGGGAGAAACAAAAGGAAAUGGAAUUGAGGGCAAUAGCCGAAGAGCGACGUAGAGCGAAGCAAGAGGAGGCAGCCGCACGCCAGCGUGUCUUAGAGCAAAUCAAAUUGGAUCGA